AUGUACGCGUCGAAGCCAUCGAAGAAUUCGACGAAGCGGACCGGGCCGACUAUAAGCUCUUCCGGAGGCUUGUAUGACCAGCUAGCCAUCUAUCUCGGACAGCACAACGAUGCAGCGAUCGACGAGCUCCAUUCCACCGUCGUCGGCAAGUUUCGUCGCAUACUCGGGUACGGACACCGGAACAUAAUCAAUGCGAUACUCGAACACGGGCAGCUGCUGCACGGCGAGAAGCGCUACGAGCAGGCUGAGGCGCUGGACAGGUCUCUCGUCGACGAGAAGCUGAAUGAGGCGGCGGCUAUCCUCGUUCGCGCCGUGGCCGGCUUCCGCACACAGAGCGGGGAUAGAGAUGUGAGGACGCUGACCGCAGCAUUCAACCUCGGCGGCGUGUAUCAGGAUCGUGGAAAGCGCUCCCGUGCGAUCAGCAUGUACCACGGGGCCGCGUACGGUUUCAAGGACGUGAUGGGCAUCUCUGACAAAACAACGAUCGCGGCUUUUACGCAGUUCGCGGCUUUGUGCUCUGCUCGCCGCGCCCUGCCAGAGGCGGAGGAGGCGUACAAGCUCGCACUGCGGGGGCUGCAAGAGGCUGCAAGACAGAGUUCCAUGUGUGCUCUCAUCCUGAAACUCGACCUGGGCGUCUGUCAAGGUCUCAAAAAAGCUCGCUCCGGUCAUGCGCCCGUCGCGCUUGCCUGCUCAGGCAUCGUGUACGCGCGCCAGGGACGAGCCGCGGAAGCGGAGAUGACCUUCUCCGAUGCUGUUAAGGAGUUCGCUGCUUGA